AUGGGGUCGGGCGUGGGACUGUGCAGAAAGCUCCCCUGUAGCAAGCUGGCCCAGUUCACCUUGGUCUCCCAGCGAGGAACAGGCCUGCUUUGUCAGGUAGUGCAUCAGAGGUGUCCAGCAGCUGCUCAGGUGACCACCAUGUGUCUGGCUUCUCAGCGGCCUGAGCCACUGGAGGUCUGGAAGCAGGAGAAUGGGCUUAUCUCUCAAGGUCCUCCAGAUGGGCAGAAUGCAUUGACUUACAAUGAUGUGCAUGAAAACUUCACUCAAGAAGAGUGGGCUUUGUUGGAUCCUUCCCAGAGGAGUCUCUAUGAAGAUGUGAUGCUGGAGACCUACAGGAACCUCACUGUUAUAGGCUAUACUUGGAAAGAUCAUAAUACUGAAGAACAUUGUCAAAGUUCUAGAAGACAUGGAAGGUUUGAAAACAGUCAUAUUGGAGAGAAACCCUCUGAAGAUAUGCGAUAUGGUGAUGUUUUUGCACAUCAAAGUAUUCCCCACAUAUACAAAAGAACUCAUACUGGAGAGAAGCUCUAUGAAUUUAACCAAUAUGGUAAAGCCUAUGCAUAUAAAAGUGAACUUCAAACACAUGAAAGAAUUCAUGUUGGGCAGAAAUUGCACAAAUGUAAUAAAUGUGCUAAUGCCUUUGCAAACAACAGUUGUCUCCUAAUACAUAAAAGAAUCCAUAAUAGAAAGAAAUCUUAUGAACUUAUCUCCAAAUACAUAAAACAGCACAUCCUGUAA